GAACCACGGCCGGGACAGGCCUCAGGAAGGCAAGGCCUGGGCCGGGCGACCGGGAUUAGUCCGGCGCGGGGCGUGGUGUGGGACUCCCGCCGGAACUCCGAAGUCGAAAGAUAACGGUGGUCAACCGCUCCCGCGCCGGGCGGGGUCUCUGCCGCUUCCGGGCUUCCCGCCCCGCGGUCCCCGAGCCCUGGGGAGGGCCUGGUGUCCGCACUCCUGGGAGCUGCCGGCCGGGGCGCGGCGCUGCGGAAAGGGCUUCCUGUACGUCCAUGUUUUGUUUCCUUUUUACUCUUUUUUUCUCGGUCUCAUCACGAAAACUUAAGGAUCAGGGGCAGGGCGACGGACAGACCAAGACUAAACCAAGACCACCAACACGUAUCCUUGACCUAGUGAUGCAGAGUCUUUCAGGAUUGGCUGGAAGCCACAGUCCCGCUUCCGGAUGCAGUCUGGAUCCAGCAAGAGUGAAGAGGAGACUCCUUCCCUUCGUUGGGGUUUGGAUCCUGUGUUCCUAGCCUUUGCAAAGCUCUACAUAAGGGAUCUCCUAGAUUUGAAGGAGUCCCGGGAGGUGCCAGGUAUAUUUUUUUACAAUGGACAUCCAAUAAAACAAGUAGAUGUCUUGGGAACUGUAAUUGCAGUGAAAGAAAAAGAUGCUUUCUACAUUUAUGGAGUGGAUGAUAGCACUGGAGUUAUAAACUGCAUCUGCUGGAAAAAGUUGAACAAUACUGAAUCUUCAUCAGCUAUAGUUCCUCCAAGUGUAGCAAGAGGUCUGAACUUAACCUCACAGUUUAAGAAGCUGCAAGAAACCACUGAGCAGAGAACAAAGCUAGAGAUUGGGGAUAUUAUCCGAAUCAGAGGCUAUGUCCGCAUGUACAGAGAAGAGCGAGAAAUUCAUGCCACUGCUUAUUAUAAAGUGGAUGAUCCAGUGUGGAACAUUCAGAUUGCAAGGAUGCUUGAGCUGCCCAAUAUCUACAGGAAAGUUUAUGACCAGCCUUUCCACAGCCCAGCCCUAGAGAAAGAAGAGGCACAGAGCAGCAAUCCAGGUGCCCUGGACCUCACCAGCCUCACAUGUGUGCUGAGUGAAAAAGUCAAAGAAUUCCUCAUGGAGAACAGAGUGCAAACCUUUUACCAGCAGGAGUUGGAAAUGGUGGAGUCUUUGAUUUCCCUUGCCAAUCAGCCCGUGAUUCACAGCACCUGCUGUGACCAAGUAACCAAAGAAGACAAAGAACUGCACAGAAGUAUCCACCGUAUUAUUCAAGAAGACUGCCAGAAACCAAAUCAUGUGGAAAAGGGCUGCCACUUCCUGCACAUCUUGGCCUGUGCCCGCCUGAGCCUCAACCCAAGCCUGAGUGAAGCUGUGCUACGGCAGGUGCUGGAGUUCCUGGAGGACCAGAGUGACAUUGUCAGCACCAUGGAGCAGUAUUACAUGGCGUUCUGAGAAGAGACAUGGAGACAGCAUGGGGCAGAACUGGGGCAACCCAGGCUGAGCCAGACUGAGCCAAGGUGCUGCCUGGAGGAAAAAGUGGAGGGGGUGGGGGUGUAUGUUCACUCCUAGGCCCUGAUUUUAAACCUCAUUCAGGAGCUUAUAUGUCUGGAGGCAAUUCCCUAAGAAUAAAAUAUCAAAUAUGGUCAUUUGGGGAAUAGAAUUUGGUAUGAAAGUUGCAGGCUGUCUCCUACCUUCUGAAUCUCUGAGAUAAAAUAGCUUUUAUGUCAGCCACAAUAUUCCCUUUGUCCUCCUGGCUGGCUCACACUGCAGAAGAGGGAGGAAAUGGUGUUGACACAAUUCUAAACCUUCUUAAAACUACAGACCAUGAGACACAUUCUUUGGGCCUCUCAAUGGUUAAGAACCAGUAGAGGGGAAGAGUUCUCUUUGAUGAGGGUCACUCUCUUACAGUUUCUGUGAACUCAAGCACCAGUGGUGGAAGCUGGCCCCAAGUCCUGGGUUUCAUGCUGUCUUAGACCCCAACCAGAGAUGGGAAUAAACAGGAAUCCAAGGCAUGGCUCUGUGUUUGUCAUUUUCCUUCUGAAUUGAAAGGUAUCUCAGUAAAUUUCUCUGCAUUUAAAGAGGUGCACAGCUAAAUAUACUGUCCCUUAAUGCCCUUGAAGAUCAUGAAGGCUGUCAGUCAAUUGCCUGGCAGGCAGUAUAUGUUAUUUUCAAGGUUGCCAUGGAGAGUGCAUGACGUACUGACACCAUCCAGACAAACCCUUGGUCUCUGCCCAGACAGGAGUUGUUGGAUUCAUGGAUUUGCUUGGGAUGACAAGGUAAAGGGAAAAAAACGGAGGUAUGUAGGAUAGCAUAAUACCAAAUCCAGCUAACAAAAAUAAAGUGAGGAGAAACAGUUGGAGUUAAUUAUGGUUAUUUCACAAAAGGCACAUCAGCGUUUGUUGCCUUGUAUCCAUGCAUGCCCUCUGCUCUUGACACAAGAAGCUCUUAAGUGGCUUUGCUGGAGAUUCUGCUGAUUUGGAAGAAUUGUUCUGUUCAUUGUGGAAGUACAGUGGUUUUUAUGCUCAGCAAUUGGAUGGACCCUGAAAUUGCAGGCUGAGAGCUAGUCCCAGAAGAUUGCUUCCUGCCUUGACUUUUCUAACGUGGCCCAAACUUCUGCCUGAUUCCUCACAGGCAAUUAUCCAGAAGCCUGCCCUGUGGCUUCCUUGUCAGAAAGGUCUCUCUAGAAUAGGUUCUAACUGGAAAGGCCCUCCAGUAGUUCUUCCUUGGGAUCAAUGGUUGCUCAUACUGAAUAUGGCUCUGAUGACUGGAGCUGUCCCGGAAGGAGUCUAGAAUCACAGAGUAAAAAGGGUGUACCCUCAUACACAUCAACCUCACUUCUAGGAAUGAUCCCAAGUAGAGGAUCGCACAAGUGUGAUGAAUGCCCAAGGUGUCCAAUGCUAUGUAAUUUAAAAUUCUGGAAUUGGGGAAAACAAAUAUUUACUUAUAGAGAAAAAGUUAAUGAUGGUGCCUGUCUAUAGUGAAAUACUAGGAAGCACUUAAAAAUCAUGGAGCAGGCAUACUAUCAUGGACAACUAUUCCCAAUAUAUAUAUAUAAUGGGAAGAAAGUUAAGUUAUAAAACAGUUUACAUAGUAUAAUGCUACUGAUAUAAAAUUACUUGUCUGAUUAUGUAUAUAACUACAUAUAGAGAGAGUGUGUUUCUGCAUGUUUAUAUAUAUAUAUUUAGCACAUGUUUUCAUAUACAAACUGUAGACCACUCCUACCUCCUUGAAAUACUUUCUGCACUAGGCUCUCAGGACACCACACCCUCUGGCUGCUCCUUCUCAGUCUUGUUUGCUCAAUCCUCUGACUAUGUGGGUGCUCAGGGCUCAGUCCCAGGACCCCUUUUCUAUCUAGCUUGCUCCCCUGGAGAUUGCAACCAGUCUCAUGGCUCCUACUGUCUAUAUGCUGACAGACCCGCACUUUAUGUCCAGUUUGAACCUCUCC